AUGUCUAAGCGCACCGCAAAGGUUGGUAUCACAGGCAAGUACGGCACGCGCUACGGCUCGUCGCUCCGUCGCCAGAUCAAGAAGAUUGAAAUCUCCCAACACAGUCGCUACACGUGCUCCUUCUGCGGUAAGGACACUGUGAAGCGCUCUGCUGUCGGUAUUUGGAACUGCCACUCUUGCAAGAAGGUCAUUGCCGGUGGUGCGUGGACCAUGAACACGACUGCGGCCGCGACGGUGCGCAGCACCAUCCGUCGUCUGCGUGAGAUCAGCGAGGCGUAA